ACACACACAAAGCCCUAGCCACUUUCCACCUUAAAAAAUGUAUAUAAUGGUUGUCAAACUGAUAGCGAACCAAUCACUGAAUUACACAUAAAAAAGUACAAACAGAAACAUUUACAUGCACAGAUUUUGCUAUAAAAGUAGAAGAGGCUUCCGAGAGAGGAAAAAGACAGAGGAAACGCACAAACAGAAAAGCAAGAGAUCCAGAGACAGAAGCGCGAUCAGUUCAUUUACACAUACAGCUGACAGAAGGGAAUCAGAAGCCAAAACUGUAACAGAAAAUGGCUCUGAAAUCCGAAGCUGAUCGUCAAAGUUAUUUGGAUAACAAAGUCAAAAUAUCUAAAGAGGAAAGGGCCAAAACAGCAGAUUGGGUGAUAGAAAGUGUGAAAGAGAUUCUUUACCUUGUGAAUAAGAAGGAUGCUCGAUAUUCUGCUGAGCCAAUCAAACUUGGGAACUAUGGUGAAUACAAUAAGGUUGACAAGCCGAAUGAGUUUAAUUUUAUGGUACCUCUCUCUGGAAUACUACAAGAGCGACUACCUUUCAGUUUAGAAGGCAGUCUACAAAAUGAAUUGCAUAUCACACUUAAUACAGUGACACCAUGGAAUAAAAGUGUCCCAAAUGAAUUGAGUCCCCUUAUGGUAAUAGUGCAAUUCCAAAAUAUAGUGGCCGAUGUUCUAAAAGAUAAGGCCCCAAGCAACGUAGAAGCUUGUCAGUUAAAACCAAACUGUCAAGUGGUCACGCUCACCUUAAAAAAGUUGGGACAAGAGGUUGACGUGGAUUUAAUUCCUAUUAUCUUCAAUCAUUUUAGUCAAUGGUUGCAGAAGUGGCCGCGGGUCAUGUGGCCAUCAGACGCCACAGUGAGAACUUUGAAGGUCUUGGGAAUAGAUGUGGUUAAUACGAACAAAUGGAAAUUAUCAUUUUUUAAAGCAGAGAAAAGAUUGAGGCAGACAAUUGAUGAAGAUGGAGGAAGACGCAAAGAUAGCCUCAGAAUCCUUAAAUACUAUCUAUUAGAGGAUUCUCCUACUGAUUUUUCAGCGGUUAUAUCUUCUUACCAUUUGCAGACUACCCUUUUCUGGGCUUGUGAAGAGCAUCGAAAUGCCCAAGGUUGGAAUACUUUAAACAAAUCACUAAACCUGCUCAUCUUAAAACUAAUGGCAUUCUUGAAGCAUUGGCAUCUACCGCACUAUUUCCUUCCAGGCGUUAACCUUCUUGAUACUCGCACAAAUCCAACUAUUCGUUCUUGUCUUUUUGAUCGUGUACGUUCACUCAAAUAAAUAAAUAAAAAUGCAUUAGAAGUUAAUUUGAUUUGAUGUCAGUGAUAAGCGCUUUUGAGAAUCCCUUUUAAAGCCGACAAGCAACCUAUCAGACAAAUGAUUGCAAUUCCUAUAGAAAUCAAUGACUACCUAAAUGAGCAUUUUACAAUAAAAUGUUGUGAAAUCA